AUGAUAAAUUUCAAGCCUAUAAUCCAACCAAAGGGGACUGUUUUUGAGGUAUCUGAUGAGAGUGACUCAUUACCUGAGAGUCCUGAGACUCAAACCAAUACACCUGGAGCAUCACAGGCAGAGCAUACCUCAUUGGCUAUGUUGUCAGAGGCUACAACCAUGAUGAACAAGCAGAGCAUGCCUUCAUCAUUCACAGAAAGACUCCACGAAGGUUUAAAAGUUUCUGUACCCUUAACUAGAGAUUUAUUAUCUGGUUUCCCUGUUUAUCCACAAGCUAGUGUUGGGUUCAUAAAAAGAUCUGUGGAUGAGGCAAUUGCAGCCUCAAAUGAGGCAUUAGGCUUAAGAUCAGAAAGAUGUGCACCCACCAUGUCUAUGGUCCACUCUCAGUCAUCUGUGGCUGUUCAAACUCCAAAGAAGGGAAGUUCAUCCCUUAAACGCUAUGUUGAUGCUGCUUUGGCAGCCAUGGACAAGGUAAUCAGAAGGGAACCAGAGUGUAUAACAGCCCCUAUUCAACCAACUGUCCCUACCACACAUGCACACCAUUUCAAUUUCUUUAMACCUCCACACUUCACCAAUAUACCUGUUUCAUCAUCAACCAUAGAACCCACACUACUCAAGCAUGCAUCCACAUCUGGAAGAGCACCUGUAGGAACACUGUAUAAACCAACCCCUGUCCGAGCAAUACCUAACACAGCCACCAUUGAAACUACCCCUGUUGAACCAACAAAACCUACCCCUGUUGAACCACCAAAACCUACCCCUGUUGCAACCACCACCAGCCCUCUACCUACUGAACCCAUCCCUCUGCCAGACACUGCUGCUAAAUGCACAACUGGUCUGAUGACUCUGAGGGAGGACCAUGGUUGCUGUUCUGAUUUGCUUACCUUCCUCCUCAAUGCUAAAUACAGUUUAGGAUGUAUAAUGAGAGGACAAUGGCACUCCCAUUAUCCUGUUCUAUUUUGA